AUGAAGUCCCUCGUGGCUUUGGCCUUGAUUGCCACGUCCAUUAUUCUUGUUUCUUCUCGGCGUUUUGACAGUGCAAAGGUUUUUCGUGUGAAGCCUCAGAAUGAACAGCAAGUGAGCUUCAUGAAGGACUUGGCAAGAAUCCUACAGCCUCUCAACUUUUGGUAUCCAGACACAGCAUGGCAUAUAGUUAGCCAGAUGGAAGUGGACUUCCACGUCAGCGCUGAUCAGACCAAACAUGUCAAGUCUCUCAUGGAGCAGAAUGGCAUGCAUUACGAAAUCUUAUUUCAAAACCUGCAAGAAGAUAUUGAAAAACAACUCAACAAAAGAGAUGCUGCUGGCAGAUACAGUUACACAAAAUAUAAUGAAUGGCACAAGAUUUCUGCAUGGACUACCAGGAUUGUGAAAAAGAACCCAAAUUUGGUUUCUCGCAUCCAGAUCGGAAGCACCUUUGAAAAUCGGCCCAUGCAUGUCCUUAAGGUUGGAAAUCAGAGAGGUACUGAAAAGGCCAUCUUCAUUGAUUGUGGAAUUCAUGCACGAGAGUGGAUUUCACCUGCCUUUUGCCAAUGGUUUCUGAAAGAGGCCACCACAACCUAUGGAAAGGAUGAGAAUAUGACAAAUAUAUUGGACAAUAUGAACUUCUACAUCCUUCCUGUAUUCAACAUAGAUGGCUAUAUCUGGAGUUGGACUCAGGACCGCUUCUGGAGAAAGAAUCGUUCCAAUACAUCCAACAGUGCCUGCAUUGGUGUUGACCUCAACAGGAACUUUGAUGUCGCAUGGGGCAAAUUUGAUGCGUCUGAAAAUCCAUGUGAAGAAGUAUAUUGUGGAUCUUCACCUGAGUCUGAACAAGAAACAAAAGUAGUUACAGCCUUUAUCCGCAGCCGUAUUUCUUCAAUCAAGGCCUACCUGACAAUGCAUUCCUACUCUCAGAUGGUGUUGUUCCCAUAUGGCUAUACCUAUGAGAAGACACCUAACCAUGAUGAACUGAAUGAACUUGCGAAAAGAGCUACUGAAGCAAUAGGCAGCCUGUAUGGGAAAAAGUAUAAGUAUGGGACAUCCGCAACUACCAUCUAUCCUUCUUCUGGUUGUUCUGAUGACUGGGCUUACAAUCAGGGUAUCAAAUACUCCUUCACCUUUGAGCUUCGUGAUAAGGGCAGAUAUGGCUUUCUCCUUCCUGAAUCUCAGAUCAAGUCAACUUGCCAGGAGACAAUGCUGGCAGUCAAGCUCAUUGCUAAUUAUAUCCUCAGCCAGACAUAG